AUGGCUUUCGAGAACGACAAGACGCAUGAUCAGCCGCCCAACACCCGUGGUCCGGUCAGUUUUACCUCUACUUAUUCUCCUUCUGGGUCCUUUGUCAAUCCUCCUAGGUCUUUCAUCAAUCCCGCUGUGCUUCUAAGCCUCAGAGGCGGCGGUCUGAAUGAGCCUGCUUCUGGGGAAGCGGAGGAGACCACUCAUCUGUCACCUCGCGAGGACUCCUUGAACUCUCUUCCUUCGACAACCCUCGUGGGGUCUCCUCCCCUGCCGCCACCACUCCAACGGUCGCCAAUACCUAAAACUACCGCGGAAUGGUUCGAGACUCUUCAGCAUGAAUCGGAACGAAUGGUCAUGGGGAGCUUUAUUCUCAGCGGCCUGAUAUUCCCCGGUGUCGGCAACAAACUCGCCGAUAAACUGGCGGCUCUUUCCGGCACCAAAUUGCGGGACAUGUCAGCCAUCAGAAACGAAUCGCGCGCUCUUUCCCCAUGUGCUGCAGUGGCGCUCGCUUGCGCGGAGGACUUACUCAAUGGCCUUUGUGGUCGAUAUGUCCAAGGUCCCAUCCCAUUCUCGGUUUCGUUCCCACUUCUAUGUACCCCUUCACGUACAAAACAAGAUGGGGGAAUAGAAGUCAUUCAGUUUAUCGACUGCUUCGCCUCAAGAUUCAAACAGCAAUUUCACGGGUUUCGUCAAGAAUUUGAUGCUGAAGGUGCCAGUCCUCCGACUUCUACGAACAAUGAGCAUAUCAACAUACAGAGUUUCAACAGGCUAGUGUGGUCACUGGUCGCCGAUUUAGAACACCUGAUAUAUGGAGAUGAGAUGCCAAAACACAAGGACACGCAUCGUCCCACGAAGGUUGCCAAAACUGAAGGUGAUGAUACACCAAACCACGAUGGACCAGCCUUCAGCAUUGAAAGGUGUAUCCUACAGUUAUUCUGUGACAUUGACCCAAAGGAAUACCUCAAUUGGCGCACAUGCAAUGAGGCUGUCUCAAACACGAUCGCGUCAACUCCAAAAAAUGGGGAAACUCUUACAACCGAUCAGGUUCUGCAACUCCUUGACCAUCGCAAAACAGGCCCCCUAAAGUCUGAAGGCUUUGUUGUAUGGCGCGGUAACCCAGAUGAUCUCCAAACUGAUGAACACCAGUUCAUUUGGAUGAAGUAUAAAAGAAAACCACAAAGCCACGAGAAACAAGCCAAAACCCAGAUGAAAGCCGUAAGAAAGCGAGUUGAUGCAUACCUUUCUUCUUCAGAGGUACUUGCCGAUCCCGCCAAAUCCGCCAAUGAACCCCCGUCAUCCGACAUGCUGCAAACACUUAAGGCUCAGCUCGCGGAGUCCAGCUCUGGGAAUGAGAGUGGGAAGAGCUUGGCCGCUGACACCAGUGCUAAUGACGAGAUCACAGUCGAGACUGAGCUAGAGAAGGGCUUGAGAGAGGAGCUGAUCAAGCGUUGUGUUUUGCGUUUGAAUCCGGCUUCCGCUUCCCAAUCACAGGAUAAGGGCAAGAAGAAGGAUGACGCGGCCUCCACAGUCACGGAAAAACCCGUACCAAAGCCACAUCGCACUAUAGGCGAUGCCGCUGCGGCCGUGCAGGAUGAGUUGGGCAAGGACGGAGCCGCCAUUAAACUCAGUCACCACAACAGUUCCCGUGUUGUGGCCGUGAAGACCUCCAUCGACCAGCUGCAAGGGUUUGAACGGGCAGACAGGGCAGACAAAGCAAGGCAGGCUCAGCUGACCAAGAAGGGGGAUCCGCUCACAUCUCAAGAACGAGAAAGACUCUUAUUGGUGAAAUCCGACCUGAAAAGUAUCCGCGCUGCCUUUGAGCAGCAGAAAAUAGUGAACAGAAUAGAGGAGUUGGAAAAGCAACAGAAGGUGAAUCAAAGGCGAAAGGAAUCAGAGCUUCAGAUUGCCGAGGCCUGUGCCAGCGCCGGACCCAAUGCCGGCUGUAGUGCUAAGAAUAUGGCAUCACAAGCGUCGGCGGCGAGGCGGUCCGAAUCAAAUGAGGAUAACUCGAGGGCGGCCAAGGAGGCGAGGAGAGAGCUGCCAUAUGAAGUGAUGUGCACCGUUGCUAAUGACACGCGACGCACCGCAGCUAUUCUCCGGCUGCAGGAACAGGAUCCAACCAAACCGUCGUCCUCGGUUAGAGCUGAAGGGUCAAGUGCUGUUGCCGGGCUUUCUCGGACCACGAGUGAGAGUCCUGUUGUGGAAGAAGAUGCCUCUAUCUCGACUGCAAGCGAAACGGGCAAUGAUGCGGACCCAGUGGUUUCGUCUGAAAGGAGGAUAGAACUGCUUGCACAAGAAAUGGGGUAUAAGGAGGCCUUUGACAAGGGCUUGGAACGGCUGCGGAAGGAAUUUGAACCCUCUAGUUUGACGUCGGUUGCUGAUGGCUUCACUGUUUUCCAGGAAAUGAACUCGACUGCUGAUGGGAGGGCUACUGUGAGGCGUAUGGAGGCGCGUGCUAUGAGGUUCAUUGCUGCUCACGGUGGUGCUGUCGUUGAUGACGCCGUCGGUGAUGCUGGUGCUGCUCCCGGUGGUGAUGACAUUGGCGGUACAAGUGUCGGUCCUGAUGACUCCGCUGGUAGCCCCCCUGUUGCUGAUACUGAUACAUCUCAUGGAGGUCCAGACGAUUCUGUUUCUCCUUCUAGCCCCACUGGGUCUUCUGAUAAUCCUGCUGAUUCUGAGAACGAUGUAAGUCUCAGAGGUGGCGGCCUGAAUACAUUGGAGGAGGAAGUCCAGGACUUUUGGGAUGACGUCCGCAGGCAGUUGAAGGUCGAUGACGACGAGAUAUACGACUCCGAGUCUGACUACGGCGAAGAAGCCAGAGUGCGGAGAAAGGCCAGAGAUGCCGCGGAUGAUGCCUACCUUGCGUGGUUGAGGGGGGGCAUCUCUACCGCCUUCACCAUGGACACCUUAAAGCUCUCUAUGAGACCCGACAAAGAUAACAACGACAAGAGGUCCGCCCCUCCUCUCCCGAUGCCCAUGACCCGGGACAACACCGCCGCACUUGGUCCAGCUUCUCAAAAUAUUCCCGGACUGACAGACAUUUCCUGCAGGAACUUGUUCCCCCCGAGGAAGUCUAAUAAGUUUGAGGAAGAUCCCAGGGACCUUGACUUGAACAGGGAGUUUGAAGAGGAGGCCGCCGCCGCAGCCGCAAUGCGAGUCGAACAGCAGCUACUUCUUCUCGCCGCCAAAGAGCCACCUGCACCACCCGCCGCAACACACUACCACUACCACUCAUGGCCAACAAGUGGAAGAAAGUCACAGGAACCAUGUGCAAACAAGGAGUUGUUGUCCAGGUGCGAAAAGCUGGCAAAGCGCGCCAAGACGUGGUCUAGUAGACUUUUUUUGUUCUCCUCUGCGAAGAAGGAAGAUAUAGAUUCCCACGAGAAUCCCUACAGGAAUCCCUACUAUAAGGAGAGCACAAGUCGUCUGAUGACAUUGCUGCGAAGGGUGACGGGUGCAGGAGAGGAGUGGUAG